AUGUCCCACCCGAUACACUUUUGGUUUGAAUACGCAUCGCCGUACUCGAUGCUGUCGGCGCUGCGCAUCUUCCACGCGACCCGCAAGACGCUGCCAACAAACCUGACGGCGGGGUCGCCGGCCACGCACAUCCCGGACCUGGACAAGGUGCAGCUGGUGGUGCGCCCGGUGUUCCUGGGGGCUGUGUUCAAGAUGCAGGGCCAGGGGUUCCUGCCAAACAUGCGGGUGCCGAUCAAGGCGGCGUAUCUGUUCCACGAUGUGUCGCGGACGCUGGACCAGCUGGGAUUCAAGGGAUUCCCGCGCGCGCCGCCCAAGACGUGGCCGCGCAACACAGUGCUGGCGGGGCGGAUGACGUGGCUUUUGGCGCAGGGCGCAGCGUACGUGAACGGGCUGGAUGCGGGGCAGUCGCCGGAGCCGGUGAAUGCGCCGCUGGGGGAGGCAGCGACCAGGGUGCUGGCGGAGUUUGUGUGGCGGGUGUAUGAGGCGGAGUUUUUCAUCGAGGACGAUAUUGCCGAGCCGGCGGUGAUGGCGGGAAUCUGGGACAGGUGCGUGGUGGACCAGAUGCGGGCGCUGGGCGAGCGGGUGCCGGGCGGGGCGCGUGCGGCGGAGCUGGCGGUAAGGGAGGAGGUGAAGAAGGGGUUCCAGCAGAACAGCGUGGUGGCGGUAGGCGAGGGCGUGUUUGGGGCGCCCAGCUUCACCACCGGCGACCACGACAUGUACUGGGGCAAUGACCGGAUGCUGGAUGCGUUCAACCACUACAACAUCGUUGCCCACACCAAGACGCCCGACUUCCGCAAGGCAGCAGCGGCCACAUACAAGCAUGCGGCCAAGAUCGCCAACGCCAAAAACAAGGCCAACCUGUGA